AAAUAAAAGUGCCUAAUGCCACUCCCAUUAAAUCGGCUGUUUUCACCUCCAGCAUGCUCUCCAGCCACAUCCCGAAACAGAAGCUGUGACGAACAACAUCUCCAUUCCAACUCUGUCCCUCCUCUUCCCAGUUCAUGGCAUCCAUCUUGUCUCUAUUCCCUCUGCUAAUCCUCCAUACUCUGCUUCUAGCUCCGACCAAAACUUAUUCCCAGACUGACCCCAUCCUCACCUAUUGCGCCGGCGACACCAACUACACCGUCCCCAGCACCUUCUCCGCCAACCUGGACCUCCUCCUCUUCAACCUCACCUCCUCCCCCCACGACGCCGGCUACUUCUCCAACACCACCGUCGGCGCAGCCUCCUCAGCCCCCGCCUACGGCCUUGCCCAAUGCCGACCCGACAUCUCCGCCUCUGACUGUUCCACCUGCCUCAACCUCUCCGCCUCGGCCGCCACCACCCGCUGCCACCUCCGCAAGUCCGCCGCCAUCCGCUUCGACUACUGCAUCCUCCAUUACUCCGACCAAAGCUUCUUCGGCCGGCCCGUAGACGACCAGCUCCGGACGAUAUACAAUAAUUAUAACGCGUCGGAUCCAACGGGGUUCUAUCGGCAGAUUAGGGAUCUGAUGGACGAGAUCUCGUCGCAGGCGGCGGAGAGGGAAUCGAAGUUUGGGGUGGGGAUGGCAAAUUUCUCGCAGUACGAGAAUAUAUAUGCGAUGGCACAGUGCACCCGUGAUCUAUCGGAGACGGAUUGCUCCACGUGUCUCGAUAAGGCGGCCGGUUGUCUGCCUAUCUGCUGCUAUGGGCAUAUCGGGGCACAGGCCUUGAAGGUGAGCUGUACCGUGAGGUUUGAGACCUAUCCCUUCUUCGCCCAGUCGUUUAUCCCUCCGCCGCCGCCGGGAUCGAGUUCUUCGCGGAACAGCGGCAAUGGCACAGACACGACCGGUGAUGGGAAAAGUAACAACACUACAAAAGUAGUACUAAUUGUUGCCAUCUCUGUCGUUGCUGUAUUGAUGGUCCUUUUCGCCAUCUGUAUCUGCUUACGAAGAAGGAAAGUGUUUAGAAAAGAACUUUUAAUUGAUGGAGAUGAGGAAGAGUUCAGAAGUUCAGAAUCAUUAUUAUUUGAUUUGGGUGCCCUUAGAGCUGCCACAAAUAACUUCUCAGAUGCAAAUAAGCUUGGAGAAGGUGGGUUCGGACUAGUUUACAAGGGGACUCUGCUGGAUGGACGAGAAAUAGCUGUGAAAAGGCUCUUGGGAAGUUCAGCGCAAGGACUGGUGGAGCUAAGAAAUGAGCUGGUUUUGGUUGCCAAGCUUCAACAUAGAAACCUUGUGAAGUUGUUGGGUUGUUGCAUUGAGGAACAAGAGAGGUUACUUGUCUAUGAGUACCUUCCAAAUUCAAGCCUUGACAAAUUUUUAUACGACCCUAUUGGACGACAACAACUAGACUGGGGAAGCCGAUACAAGAUAAUUGAAGGGAUGGGCCGCGGGCUUCUCUAUCUUCAUGAGGAUUCUCGAUUAAGGAUUAUUCAUCGGGAUCUAAAAGCAGGUAAUAUCUUGCUGGAUGGGGACAUGAACCCUAAAAUUUCAGACUUCGGUCUUGCAAAGCUUUUUGGCAGAGAUGAGACCCAUGGAAACACUAGUCGAAUUGCUGGAACAUAUGGGUAUAUGGCACCAGAAUAUGCCUUGCAUGGGCACUUCUCCACCAAAUCAGAUGUUUUCAGUUAUGGCGUCCUAGUUUUGGAGAUUGUGACUGGCCGGAGGAAUAGUGGAUUCAAGGGAUCCGGGAAUUCUUUAGACCUUCUUGGCUAUGUCUGGCAGCACUGGACUGAAGGAAUGGCAACACAGGUGAUCGACCAAAUUCUAGGUAAUCAGUAUGAAGCCCGAGAAGUAUUGAGGUGCAUUCACAUCGGGCUACUCUGCGUCCAGGAAGAGCCGGCAGAGAGACCCAGCAUGGCAUCGGUCAUUCUCAUGCUCAGCAGUUCCUCUGUCACUGUUCCACCUCCAUCGCCACCAGCCUUCCUUAUGAGUAGUGGUACUGGUACAGUGAGGACUAGUUUAUCGGGAGGUGGGAGCUCCAGUGGAAGCACAACAAGAGAACCAAGGACAGGAAAAUCAAAGCUAGUCUCAUUGAAUGAUGUCUCGAUCACGGAGAUGGAGCCGCGAUAGAUGUGUGAGAUUGAUAGAUAGGAAGUGCAUCUUUGAACAUUAGUUGAUGUUAAUAUUUUUUUAUGAACAAUACGGACAUCAAUUUCUCUAUCAACUGUGCUGUAUAGAUGUGGUAUGCUCUGGAUAUCAUCCAGAUAAUGGCAUGAUAUUGGAAGUC